UCAGCCGUGGCCCAUUCGCCUUCGAAUACGCGUCGCGGCGCGCCGCUUCCGCUGCGUACUCCUGAAACUUUCCCUCGCGCGAUUUUCCGACGCGACUAUUGUAAAAACUUGUAAAUGAUACAUACAUGUUAAUUAUGAUGUGAAUAUUAUAAAACAAGCAUAGUUAUUAUUAAAAAAAAUAUUCCGAAUUCUAGUUACAGUGUAGUUAACUAUUUUCCUCUCUUAGUAAAACCGUUAAUGAAUUUAAUAACGUAUUGUGAUUAAAUAUUGUAUUAUAAUAGUGAAAUGUAAAAUAAGUACUGCAAAUGCAUUUGAUACUGAGCAUUGAAGUGUUGUGAUUAAAGAAAUAAAAAUUCACUUGUAAAUAAAUAAAAUAUUAAGUUGUGUGUCUUGAAUACGGAUAUUAAUUUCAAGUGAAGACCUAAAAAUAUGGACUAAAGUUUACAGAAGUAAUGUCUACGUGAAGGUUAAAAAAUCAGUAAGUGCGCAAUGUCAACUUUGGGAGCGGGGACAAGAGUGCUAAUCGUUCUGCAAACACGCUGUAAGCGAAGCCGUGCACUCGUUGUGUGUAGAGUGUUAGCACAGUGAGCCAACUAGGCUAGUGAAUAGAACAAAGAAACCUGGCGUUAUCAACAGCCACCAUUCUGCUCCAAAUCGUGGCCUCGUCCCUCUUCGCGAUGGACACUAGUACAACAAAUUCGUCACAAGAUGACGACGCGGACUGGUCAAGGAAUAGUUCCAUUGAUGAGUAUAUAAUACACAAUGGAACUAAUGACACAUUCGAGACGUUGUACGACGUGCCGACGGGUAUGAUAGUGCUGCUAUCGUUUCUGUAUGGCUCGAUAUCAGUCCUUGCCGUGGUGGGGAACUUCCUAGUAAUGUGGGUCGUCGCCACCUCGAGAAGAAUGCAGAGCGUCACAAACUGCUACAUAGCCAACCUAGCUUUAGCCGACAUAGUCAUAGGAUUAUUCGCUGUACCAUUUCAAUUCCAAGCCGCGCUGCUACAGCGGUGGCUGCUGCCGCACUUCAUGUGUCCGUUCUGUCCGUUCGUGCAGGCGCUCAGUGUCAACGUCAGCGUGUUUACACUCACCGCCAUCGCAGUUGACAGACAUCGAGCGAUAAUAACACCGCUCAGCGCGCAUACUUCAAAGCGUAUUGCCAAAGUAAUAAUAGUGGUUAUAUGGUUUCUGGCGCUCUCUUUAGCCGCUCCAAUGGCUAUGUCUUGGGAGGUUAUCAUGGAAGACGAAUUAGAUCCAGUUGCAAAAAUCUUUUACAAAAAGCCGUUUUGUGCACCCACCGAGUUCGGCUCACAUUCGCUCGCCAUUUAUAGACUGUUGUUGUAUGUAUUUCAGUACGUAAUCCCGUUGUGCGUGAUUACGUUUGCCUACGCUCAUAUGGCGAUGAAACUGUGGGGAGCGCGCGCCCCGGGGAACGCACAGGAGACCAGGGAUGCUAACCACAUGCGGAACAAGAAGAAGGUGAUAAAAAUGUUGGUGCUGGUCGUAGCUCUCUUCGCAUUGUGCUGGCUGCCACUACAGAGCUACUUAUUACUACAAUCGUUUUUCCCAUCAAUUAACGAGUACAAGUACAUUAACGUGCUAUUCUUCUGCUUCGACUGGCUAGCAAUGAGCAACUCUUGCUAUAACCCGUUCAUAUACGCUAUCUACAACGAAAAGUUCAAGAAAGAAUUCAAACAACGCUUCACUUUUGGGAAAAAGCCAAGCAGAUUUGUUAACGAUAGCUACGAGGACGGCCAGUCGUACCGAACAAGAAUUUUAUCGUUCCGAUCAACCAACGACAGAAGUGGCUAUUCAUCCAGAAAAUCUUUGAACAUGCCGCCGGGGGACACUUUAAAAGUUCCUUCUAGAAAUUCAUGUCAUUGUAUGGGAAAUCAGAGCAGAGAAAAUGGAUUUAACUUUAUGAAAACUGAAGACAUGGAGGGGCACGGGAACAGCAGGCGGUAUCUGAACAUAAGAAUGAGUAAUCCAGAUAUUGGUAAAAGAAGAUUAGCUAAGAAGCUAUCGAAUAGAGACGACAUGCCUAUAGGCGAUGAGAGAGUCAGUGAACUGUACAUAUUCCCAAACAGUAACAUUGUAGAAUUUACAGACAUAUCAUACGAUGACAAAGUGUAAAUACGUUGAGAUUUCCAUUAUUUUUAGUACUAAAUAAUAAUAAUCAAACAUGUGAUGUGAUAGAAUUAUUAAUAAUGUUAAACUAUAAGUUAACAAAUUAAAGUGAUAAGCUGAA